AUGCUAAUUUCUUUGAAGUUCAUCAGCUCAAAAUCUGGAAAAUCCUUGGCACUCAAGAUCGAAGACAAGACGUAUCUUUUCAAUCUGUUUGAAGGAUUUCAAAGAUACUCAAUUCAAGAACAGUUCAGUUUGGUUUCUGUAGAUUCUAUUUUUCUGUCAUCCAAAAGCAACAUUUCUGGUCUAAUUGGCACAUAUCUGACAAUUGGUGAGUCAUCAAAGACAAAUCUAAACAUUGUUUCCAACUUCAAUACCGAUUUCUUUCUGGUUUACAAAUAUGCUAUCUCUCCCACGUUGAAUCUUACGUUUUUGUCCGAAUUCAAAGACGAGUUUAUUUCUGUCAAAAUGUUUGAUUGGAACGGUAUUACAAAUUUUAUUAUAGCAUUACCAGAAAUAAAAGGAACUCUGCACCCAGAGAGAGUGCCGCCGCAUAUUCCAAAGAGACUAUACAAAAAGCUUAUUUCAGAUGGGUUUUUGGAGGUGGAGGAUGUGAUAUAUAAGUUCUCAAAUUUCUCUGAUCCAGGUAUCAUUUUGAAUGACAUCUGUCUAGUUUUUAGCGAAAUCGGCACUGAGGAAAGGCUGGAUGGAGGUAUUGCCACGCUAAUAGAAAACAUACAGUGUUUUUUCUGUUUUACGAAGAGUAGUUAUGCGUAUUUUUCUAAGCAUUAUUCACAGAUCAGGAAAUCAUCUUUGGUUGAUAGCAAUCUGUCGUGGGAUAAACCAUUACCAAACAAUGUAAAGUUCCUUGGCAGUGUUGGUUUGUCUAAAAACAUAGAUGAGCCAUCUAAUAGUUUAAAGGAACUGUCCAAUGAUCUACAUGAACAGUCUAGUAAUAAUUUUUCUGGUGUAUUUUACGUUUCAGACAACAGAUUUGUAGAAUAUGAAGAUUUCUAUUUAGAACAAAAGUCUUUGAGUCAAAAUGAUCAAAGAUACUUACUUCCAUCUUCGGAAAGCACAAUUCACACAGAAAAUUGGAAUAAUAAUAACAAUAGUGUUAUUGAAGCUGGUUAUUCGCUAACUUUUGACAAAAAAAAGGUUUUCAUUUAUGUAAAAAACCACAUCAAACUCCAGAUAGGGUUAGUUACCAGUCUUCAUAUCCGUGUAUUGAAUUUCUUGGCACAGGAUGUGCAAUUCCCUCCAAAUAUAGGAAUGUUUCUUCAAUACUUUACCAAAAUUCUCAAUCUGCUGUUCUUUUUGAUUGUGGAGAGGAUACAUUAA